GAAAGAUGCCUCCUAAGGCAAAGACGAAACCGAAGAAACGAAAGCCGCCGAGACCGGUGCGCCAGCAACGUUAUCCGGGUCCCCCCCCGCACUUCGACGACGCCGGCCUUCCUCCUCCUCCUUUUCACCGCCGGCGGCAACAGCAGCAGCGGGGGAUGCAGAUGGACGACGGCUGGCAUCCAAGCGGGGACGAUGGCUGGCAUCCAAGUGGGGCUAUAAUGGUGGGCCCACUCACCCCUUCGAUGCCAGACCACCACCGGCCGGGUGAACAGCCCAUGUGGGACGGUCCUCCUGCCGACGACUUCGGGUUACCUCACCACGGAAUGAUAAUGGGCGGCGAUGUCCGUCGUGUUGGAGACUUUGGCCGAGACUUCGACGAUACCGAGCCGCCGCCGGGGUUCAUCCCGUUCGAUUUACGAGCAAUGGACGGAGGUGACGGCGAGCCAGGUUACGGCGAGCCAGGUUACGGCGAGCCAGGUCACGGUGAGCCGGGAUACGGUGAGCCAGGGGCUGGUGGUUUCCACGAUGAUGAUGAUCCGCACGCUUUCCACCAACAGCAGCACCACCCCCAUAACCGACCACCGCCAUCAGGAGGCACGGCAGCGUUUCACGACGGCGAUAGCACAGGCACGUUGCGACUAAACACACCGGAGUUCUUUACUGUGCCCGCUGGGCCGGACGGUCGUUUCACCAAGAAGCAGCGGAAGCUACAGAGGCGGCAUGUGAAGCAGCUGCAGCUGCAGCAGCGGCAACUGCGGCAACAUCAACACCAACACCACGAGCAAGAGAUGGACCACCACCACCACCACCAGCAAUUCCAGCAGCCUCCGUUGGACCACCCGCAGCACCAGCAGCACCAGCACCAGCACCACCAGCAUGAGCCCUUCAUACCAUCGAUACAUGGGACGCGCGGGCAAAGGCACGAAAACUUUGGGCCCGCCGCCGCCGCCGCCACCACGGGGUUUCUUACGGGGAGGAGGGCGAACGACAACGGCGCCGGGGCCGGCUUGCACGGGGACGACGCCUUUGGGCCUCUCUCUUCUUCCCCCCCCCAGAUGGCUGCUGGCCCGAUCUCCCCGGAGUACUUCCCCACUCCCACCGACGGCAAAGGUAGGGGCGGCGGACGCGGCGGUGGCGGACGCGGCGGCGGCGGACGCGGCGGCGGCGGCGGCGGCGGCGGCGGUGGCAGCGGCGACCAUGACGGCUUCCUGACGCAAGACCCGCCGCCACGCGAGGAGGAAGAGGAGACCGCUGAAAGCAAGAGGGAAAGCAGGCUUCAGUUCUUGAGGGACUUCGACGCGGAGCGCGCGAGGGCAAUGGGACGGAACAACGCCGCCGCCACGGUGGUUUGCGGAAACCCGCGGAAGAGGAAGCGCGCGGGGAUAGGUUACGUCAAGGGCGUCAACGGCAACCAAAAAAGCGACAACAACAGCAGCAGAGAAAACAGCAGCAGGAGGGACAACAGCAAUCCGGCCUGGCGUCGGACGGCACCUCGAGUGGAGUCUACCGCGGGUCACGACGGACAGUCCAGUGUUUGGUACGAUGAGCAGGAUGAACCGGAGCCUGGAGUGGGAGGGACCGGCGGCGCCGAUAGAGACUCACGAGACGAUCCGGAAGGGCGGGAGGAGCCUGCUUGGAGUAGUAGUGCCGCCGCCGCCGCGGACAACGGGGAGGACUUCGGGCGAGAGCUGCUGGGAAGGAUUGAGAGAGAGAGGCUGCCGCCGGCGGGUAGACAGGGGCAGUUCGACGAGAUCGACGAGGCGGCGGGCGACCAACGUUUUGUCAUCGCUAACGGAGAGGACAUCGGGCGAGAGCUGCUGGGAAGGAUUGACAGAGAGAGGCGGCUACCACCAGGCAGACAGGAGCAGUUCGACGAGAUCGGAGAGGGGGCGGGCGACCAGCGUUUUGUCACUACUGUUGGCGAGCCCACCGUGCAGUUGCCGCUCGGUGUGGUGCCCCCCGCGGUGUCGCAGCUUGGCUUUGGGCCACCUCUGCCCCCCGCGCUGUCCUACCAGCACCCUCCGGUAGAGUUACCACCGCCGCAGAUGAUAUUGGUGAACGGGGGGCAGCACCUACCCGCGGACGGCCCUUGGAACCAGCAGCAGCAGCAGCAGCAGCAGCAACAGCGGCAGCGAACACCUCAUCCUCCUCGUCCGCGGGGGCAAGCCAUUUUCUGGGCCCAAGCGCCAGCGGAAUUGAGCACUGCUGCGGAAGCACCACCGCCACCGCUACGCGCCCCUGCUGGCAAUCCUGGGGUGCCGGAUCAGGCGACACAACCCCAGCCACAGCAGUUCGUUUCGGCAACCAUUGAGGGCCCCACCAUUGAGGAACGGCGGGCGGCGUCGGAGGCGCUUUGGCGACAGGUGGCACCUCCGUUAGCGGGUGGAGAGCAGCCGCCCGAGGGGACAUCCUCGGCGGUGGACACGGGGGUGGGGGGGGGGGCGCCGGUCGAUGAUGCUCCCGCGAGGCCGGGCCCGCAGCAGCCGCCGCCGCCGCCGCCGCCGCCGCGGGGAACACCGCCCCCGGCAGCCUCGCCAGCACCACAAGUAGACGGGCCCAUCGCCGGCGUUGCCGCCGCUGCCCCGGCAAGAGCGCACGACAGCAAUCCCGCUCCAAGCAUUCCUCUCGAACCCAGCUCCUCGCGCCGGAGCUUACCCGCUAUCUCUGCCGCCGCCGCCGCCGACCCUCCUCUGCCCGAGACUCGCUCAAAUGGCGGGGCUAGCGCUGCUGGCCCUCCUGCCGACCAGCAGGCGGCGGCCGUAACGUCCCUACAGAAGCAACGUUCUGCACUUCGGAACUGGCGGUCGGCCCCGUACAACUACGCUCUGGUCCUUGUUGGCGCGGCGUUGUUACCGCGCAAGGCCUUGGCGGGAGCUUCGAAGCUGCCCGGAGCGGUUUGGGUGGACAGACACGAGCUGGGGGAGCCUUACAGCUUGCCGCUGGAAGUGAAGCCGGUGCUGGCCAAGUCUCUGGCGGCCCAGACGCCGACCUGCGCGUCCUGCGACGACAACGAGGCCGGUCGUGACUUCCUGCUGCUGAUGACGUUCAAAUGCUCCGAAGACAAGGCGGUGGCCGUGGCCCGCCUCGCCGAGCUGGGGGUGGAAACGUCGAAGUUCGAUAACUCGCCGCGCAUUCAGGUGGAGCACGCCCGAGCAUCGUCCGCUCCUUCCCCCCCGCCUCCUCGAUCGGCGCCGGCCGUCUCGGAAUCGUCCUCAUCUUCUGCUCCGACGGAAGCGGCAAAAUCUGGUGUGGCCGGUACCGGAAGCAGCGAGCACCCGCCCAAGGUCGCAGCAGCAGUGGCCGCUGCUGCUUCUUCCAGCCGGGUGAUGCUGGCGAGGGAGAAGGCGCUCAAGGCGCUCGAGAGAGAGAGGCUGAUCGCAGCGGCAGCGACGAAAGCACGCGCGGCGGGGGCUGCUGCGGUCGGGAAGUCGGCGGCGGUAGCCGGCGGGAAGCCGACAGGGUCGAAGUCCAAGGGCGUAGGAGCGAAGAGAGCAGCCGCCAAGACGAAGACAGCAGCGUCGGGGGCCCCACGGAAGACGGCCGCUGCUGAUGGAGCGAAUAAAAAGUCCAAGUCAGGGAGCAGCGUCGACGCCGCGUCAGCGGUAGGAAAUGCUCGUGGUCAAGGGAAAGUUCCCGCGAAGGCCAAGCCGGCAGCGGCAGGAGCAGCGGUAGCGGCGGCGGCGGUUGCGGUAGCGGCGAAACCUCCGUCGUUGCCGGAGAAGGCCAAACCGGCAGCGGCAGCGGUAGCAGCAGGAGCAGCGGCGGCGGAGGUGGCGGCGGAGGUAGCGGCGAAGCCUCCGUCGUUGCCGGCAUCGACGGAAGCUCCCACCCCCGCCGUCGUGGAAAAUCCCCCCCCAGCCGCUGCGGUAAGCAAGACGAAAGCGGCCGUCUCCGAUAAGCCCCCCGCAGCCGCUGCGGUCGGCGAGACAAAAGCGGCCGUCGCGGAAAAGGUCCCCUCAGCCGCUGUGGUAGGCAAGACGAAAGCGGCGGCCACGGUCACGAGUUCUGCCAUCGCCACCGCCGCCGCUGCCAACGGAGCGAAAACGCCUUCUCCCACCCAACCCGCCAAACGCCUGCCGAAUCCUGCCACCGCCACCGCCGCCGCUGCCAACGGGGCGAAAACGGCAACAGCAACAGCAGCAAGCGACGUUCCGGCCGUGCGGCGCUCGCCUUCUCCCACCCCACCCGCCAAACGCCUGCCGAAUCCUGCCACCGCCACCGCCGCCGCUGCGAACGGGGCGAAAACGGCAACAGCAACAGCAGUGAGCGACGUUCCGGCCGUGCGGCGCUCGCCUUCUCCCGCCCCACUGGCCAAGCGCCUGCCGUCUCCUCCGCCGCCGUCGGCGCCGCUGCCGACGAAAGCAGCUCCGGCGCCAGCCCCUCCUCGCACGGUGUCGCCCGUCCGCCGCGGUGCUGCGGCAGGGAUUCCGCCGCCUCUACGAGCUUUCGGCAAACGACUGGUGGUGAUGCGGCCGACCGGCCAGCCGGACCCGACGAUGCGCGCGUGGCCCUACCGCCUCUCUGGGGAGUACUUCAAGCUUCUGGAGAGGGGGCCGAACAUGGGGGCCUGCGACCCUUCCAGGAACGCGAGCUAUGUGGGAGUUGUCCUGCCGGCGGAGGCGGUGGUCGCCGGCUUCGAGGCGGAGCGAGAGGUUCGGCGACAGGAGAAGAAGCGACAGCAGCAGCAGCAGCAGCAGCAGCAGCAGCAGCAGCAGCAGCAGUCAUCUUCAUCGACCACAGCAGCGGAGGCUACUGGCACGGUGGCCGCUGCCACGGUUGCUUCGUUGGUGGCUUUCUCAACCGCGGUUGGUGGUGACGGCGGCGGCGGUGGCGAUGCAAAUGCCGUCGUUGUAUCAUCGGGAGAGAAGAGGCGAGCCCAGGCUGCGCCCGUACCGUCGACAUCGGCGUCGACGGCGGCGUUGGCAGACCUGCCGAUGGCGCUUGCGGGUGGCGCUGCGGCGACCGCGCGCGGGGCCAAGCGACCGGUAACGGUGGCAGGAACGUGGGGCUCGAGAAUCCGGGAGGCAGAGGAGGAGUUGAGGGCGCUACAGGAGACCAAGAUCCCGAGAGUGAUGAAAGCUUUGGCCGAUGUCUCUCAGCAACGACGAAAGCUGGAGUCGACCGCUGCUUCCCUCGCUGCCAAGAGCGCGGCCGCCAGCGCCCGCCUGGCGCAAGACUCACGCGACGCCGCGGCAGCUCUUCUUGCCGAGCUGCGGGCCAGACGCGAAGUCUCGACCCAGCAACGGCAGAAGCAGGCUUCCAAGCAGCUGCACCAACGACAACAACACGGCGCAGGCACGGCGGGGGGCAUGCCAGCUCUGUUGGAGACCGGGAGAAAAACGAGUUCUGCCGCUGCUGCCUAUGGCGCCGGCGCCGGUGCCGCCGCCGCUCUUCCGUCGGUGCUACCAACACCAAAGCCCUGACCCUACCCUGCGGGCUUGGUCCGUGUGGCAGCCGAGCUUUCUUGGAAGGAUCUUCGCGGAGCUCGCGCCUGGCGUCGAAAGAGGCACCUGGUGGAGGGGAGCUGUGCAAGAGGACACCCCAGACCUGGUGCGGGUCCGUGUGUAGAAGCCAAUGGAGAGGGUGUGAAGAAGCCAACGGAGAAGAUUGGUGUUCACGCGAGGUAUCGGCGAAGUUCGGAGGGGGGAUGUAUACACGCGCACCAAAAGGCCUGUGGGACUGAGUGACUGUCUUCGGCCCCUGCGCUGCCCUCGUGUGUACGUUUCGCACUGCCCUCGUCCGCCCCCCGCUCCCAUUCCCCCAUGCGUACGCAAAACGCCUACUUCCCGUCGCGCUUUGACGAAGGAAAAGGUCCGGGUCACAGCGCAAAUGGUAGGAAGGCUUUUUGCUGGGCUUUCGGAGGGGCAGGCGGCGAUCUGAAUUCUCCGCCACGGUAGGGCAGCGACGUUGGUUGGUGGGGCACACCACCGGUUCGGAAUACCUCUUCAUGUGUACAGCAGCAGUGCUACCGCUACCCAUGUACGUGGGAUAAUUUUGUUCAUGGAGAGUCUGGUGGGAGAUAGGGAUGGCCAGCCCAUAACUCGGUACUUUUCUGGUAAGCGGUCAUAGUUAAAAAAUAUGGUAGAAAGCGGUCAGAGUGUAAAGCAUGGUAAGAAUGGUGUUUUCGUGUUCUCGGUAUCAUUUGUUAAGUCUCGCGGGACAAUACAAUGCCCCAGGUGCAGGUUUUGUGGUUGGAGUUCAUGUUUUGAUAGCGGUCACCUGAAAGCGACCUCGCCAGAAUUUUGAAAGUUCUGAAAGUAUUGCGGCAGUGGUAUCUGCCCCCUCCCCCUCCCCCCCACCCUCCCCCUCCAAGCGCGUCCCUCCUUCCCCGUAUGUUGCCAUGGUGCUUGAUUACCCUGAAAAACACGGGGCCUGUUGGUAGCGACAGAUGCACCGUAGCAUGCCCUGGCUUUUCACCGUGCCAGGCUUGUUGCCGAUGCCGACUGUGGCAUCCGCCUGCCGCCUUUCACCUUUUUUGUUUUUUUUUCGCCUUGCCCGGCCCUCGGGCUGCUGCUCGCCGUACGAACCGAGAGUGCCACGACGAGACUGUUACCGCACUACUCUCCCCCAAAGCUCAGUGCAGGCAACGAUGGCCUUUCGUUUGCUGGUGGGAGCGUAGGAGAGCGGGAGCUUGGUGCCUGGUGAAGGUGGCAGUGCUAGAAUUUACGCGAUUUUCUGUGUGUUUGCAGUGAGUAGGAUGGCCGAGGGCGUGUGACGGUAUCAUAGCUUGGCAGCGGGUAAGUUCUGGUCUCGUAUCGUGUGUGCAAUGCACCUGCUCUUCCAAUCUGCGAAGCCUUGCAGAGCGGCUGCGAUAGACCAAAGGGUGAGGGGGCAGGUGGAUAGGAGACUUGCUAGAUUUUUGUGUUUUGGGUGCCCAUGUCGACUGUUGUGUUUUCCGUUGUGUACGUCAGAUAUUUUCCCGUGGUUAUUUUGCCCCGAGUCUAUUGUUCGUUGUGGACUUGUUCGGUGGGGAUAGACCAGGUAGGAUAGACUAGUUCCAGGCCAAGGGUCAAAACUUUGCUCGACUCUGCUUUCGUGUCUGCUGCGUUCGUGUGCCAGACCAUGAUUUGGUUGUUUCCAGGAGUUUUGUCUGCACAAUAAAAUAACACCGAGAGUAAAAAACU